UGAGGUGCUGUGUGUGUUUGGUAACCCUCAGCGAUAAGCCGUGUGUGGGUCUUUGCUAAUCCCUCCCCACCAGUGAGCACUGGGAGGGGGACUUAGGGACGUAGUGUGAGGGGCAUGGGGGCCCCGGGCAUCUGCACCUGCAGAUUGGGUGGGCUGUGAGGUGGCUGCACACCACUGCUGUGCGGCCUCAGCUAGACAGCUGUCUGGGGUCACCUGAGAGAGCCUUUCGGGGAGAAAGGGUGAGGGAGCAGCACUGGCCCCAGGGCCCUUAAGGCCUCGCAUGAGCUAUAUAGGGGCCACCUGUAGGGGCGCCACAGCUGCAGCAGCCUGAGCAGGAGCUGAGGGAUGGAGGAGGUCAUUGCCGGCCUGCAGCGGUUCACUUUUGCCUUUGAGGAGGAUGUGGAGAUGCAGAAGGGUGUGGGGCUCCUGCCUUUCCAGGGCAUGGACAAGUCAGGCUCAGCUGUGUGCACCUUCUUCACGAAAGGGCUCUGCGGGAAAGGUAAGCGCUGCCCCUUCCGGCAUGACAGCGGCGGCAGAACAGUGGUGUGCAAACACUGGCUGCGGGGGCUGUGCAAGAAGGGUGACCAAUGCCAUUUCCUGCACCAGUAUGACGUCGCCAGGAUGCCUGAGUGCUACUUCUACUCCAAGUUUGGUGACUGCAACAAUAAGGAGUGUUCCUUUCUUCAUGUGAAGCCAGCUUCCAAGACCCAGGACUGUCCUUGGUAUGAUCAAGGUUUCUGCAAGAACGGUCCCCUGUGCAAAUACCGCCACAUCCACAGGGUGAUGUGUAUCAACUACUUAGCUGGCUUCUGCCCUGAAGGACCCAAGUGCCAAUUUACACAACCCAUUUCCGACCUCUGUGAUCACGGCUUCAGGUGGGACUUUGCAGCUCACCAGCCCCAGGCUUUCCUUCUCCUUGGAAAACGUGUGGGUUUCUUCAAAAAAAGGGGACCCGGCUUUGGAUUCAUCUUCUGAGUCAGCACUAUCCUGGUUGUGCCCAGUCCCUACGGAGACACUUCUUCUAUUGAUGCCCAACACCCGUGAGAGCCUACCUCAGGGAUCAAAGAACUACAGCCUGACGGCCAAAUCCAGGCUGCGGCCUGUUUCUGUACAGCUGGAAAGCUAAGGCUGAUUUUUACAUUUUUAAUAGGUUGGGGUAAAAAACAAAAUAUUUCGUGAUGUGAAAAUUGUAUGAAAUUUAAACUUCAGUACUCAUAAACUGAUUUAUUGGAACGCAGCCACGCUCCUUCAUUUUACUUGUCGUCUCUGGCUGCUUUCACACCCCAAAGGCAGAGCUGAGUAGUUGAGAUGGACCCUGUGGCCUGCAAAGCCUAAAACAUUUAUAGUUUGGUCGUCUACAGAAAAAGUUUGCUGACCCCAGGUCUAGAUGGCUGAUGUUGGGCUGUCAUUUGUUGGAAAGGCCAAAAGAGAAGUGUGAACCUUGGGGGCAGCUACGGAGUUCUGAGAGGUGAGAUCAGUUAACUGGCAAGAAACCCAGCACCAGAGGCUGGGAUGGCAAUGGCAUGGAGGAGGGCGACCCCUGCUGGCCCCCAGCAGGGAAGCAUCCUCAAUGCCUAUGGGGAAUUUACGAGCCCACUUCGAACUUUCAUCAGAAGAUAUGCUUUGGGCAAUUAAAAGGAAAAGAAAGGCAUUUCCAAAUCUGGGUUAAGCGUGCCUGUGUGGCCUGUGCCCCCACCUCAGUGUAAAGAUGCCAGGUCUGUACGCGGCAAGUAUCUGCAGCAGGUGUUCCUGACUUGACUUUGUCAGCAGACUGUAAACAGGCCCUGGGAUUCAGCCCCUCCUGCUUCUGCGGUAGAGCCACCUCCCGAGUGGCCCUCCCUGACACAGUGCUUGCUUCUCCGGAUGAGGCCCCAACCUGCCCGCCUCCUGCCUGGGGCUCAGGGCUCUGCAGAAGGCCUUGUGCUACAGGGUGUGUGAAAGCGGAUAGGGCUGGGCUGCUGCUGCUGAGGGCCAGGAGGGGUGGCUCUGCCCAGCUAGCUGCAAGAAAACACGACACCCUCUCUACAACAGAUAGGAAAACUGUACUGCAGUUUAUAAGUUCUAGAGCAUGAAUUAGGGAGAAUAGGGGGAUACUGUAAGGCCCCUCGGUGGUGCGAACUGUCUGCUCUUGGCGACUAACUGAAAGGUUGGCGGUUCCCAACCUUUCUGCAGCGGUGCUGUAGAAGCGAGGCCUGGUGAUUUGCCUCUGUAAAGGUUAUAGACAAGGAAACCCUAGGGAGCUUAGUUCGCCUCUGUAACACAUGAGGUCACCAUGAGUUGCAAUCAACUCGAUGGCAAUGGGUUUGUUUUUUUUUUUU